UGAUAUAGACCACUCAUUCGGUGCUGCUUUUGUGAACAGUUCCAAUUAUUAUUGAGCAAAAACUUAAUUCACACUAAAAUAAUAAUUUAAUUAAAAUAAAAAAAUUAAUAAAAAAUAAAAAAUUCUUCAAUAUAUUUUUUCUUGUGUAGAUUCAUAAAAUUCAAUGGCGGAGGGUACCCCACCACCGGGAUACGACGGAUCUGUUCCGAUAGCAGAAUCACAGCCGAUAAGAACUCAGCCAAAGUUGAGUGGCAGUAACGAUGUAAUCGUAUCUCAACCACUAUUAGGUGGCCAAGCUCCAGUUUCUUCGAUAAACACCUCAAACGCAAUGCCAAUCUGCCCACCUGGGCUGGAAUACCUGACUGCCGUCGAUCAAUUGCUGAUUAAGCAAAAAGUUGAAAUCGCUGAAGCAUUUAUCGGCUUCGAAACAAAGAACAAGUAUGUCAUCAAAAAUUCAAUGGGACAGAAUGUAUUCUGGGCUGUUGAAGAUACUGGUUGCUGCAAUCGUAACUGCUGUGGUGAAAAUCGCUCGUUCGAUAUAAAGAUUUUCGAUGCAUCCCGAAGAGAAGUGUUGCAUUUCUCUCGACCAUCAUGUGAUUGUGCGUGUUUUUGUUGCUGUAUCCCUUGCUGUCCCGAUGCAAUUGAAGUAUCAUCACCACCUGGAAAUUUAAUUGGACGUGUUGUCGAAAAAUGGUCCAUUUGCUAUCCACAAUUUUCGAUUAAAAAUCAACAUGGCGAGGAGAAGCUUCGUAUUGAAGGGCCAUUAUGUACAACCUCUUGUUGUGGCAAUGAUGUUGUGUUUCACGUUGUUACAAAAGACGGUACUCAAAUUGGUAAAAUAAGCAAACAAUGGUCAGGAUUUGCACGCGAAUACUUAACCGACGCCGACAACUUCGGCGUUAACUUUCCAUUGGAUUUGGAUGUUCGAAUGAAAGCCACAUUGCUAGGAGCUUGCAUUUUGAUGGAUAUGAGGUACUUUGAACACACUGAAGGUUCAGGAGAAUCAUGCAAUUGUUUAGGAGGAUUGUGCGAUUGUUUAGGAGAAUCGUGCGAUUGUUUAGGAGAAUCGUGCGAUUGUUUAGGAGAAUUAUGCGAUUGUUCAGACGAUUGAACCAAGACCUAUAAUAAUAAAUAAUGAGUAAUGUUUGAACAAAAACAUACUCUCCUCUCGAUAUUUUCAAUAGAUAUGAUAUUAUCGAUAAUACUACGAUUACAUUUACGUUUUACAUGUUUGUUUUAUAAUAAAUAAUUACUUAU